AUGAAAUGCACGUGCCAGGAUAACAAGAUUCAGCUUGGUGAUACCCUUAAACAUGACAUCAUCGUUACAUUUAGUGAUAAAUUUGGCAAUCAAAUAACGAAGGUAAAACUGAGUUCACAUUCACGUGUUUCCGCUUUCACGGGCCUUGAUUUACUGCCGUUUAGCUUUUCAUUUAUACCAUAGAAAUAUUAGACCUAUGAUUUGUUUAUUGUUUCAAUGAUUUAUACCCAAACAGCAUCGAAGUUGUUCUUCCUAUUGUUGUAGCUUCCGAACAGUCCAGCCUUACCAAUCACGGUCAGUGGGGACGGACUACGCCAAGCUGCUGUCAAAGUAACUGUGAACAAG